GUGGUUGUAACGGUAAACCUAAUCCGGUCCGGGACUUGGUAGUGCAGUCUUCUGAGCGCGUUCGACCCUUUUAGAUCAAUUUGUGGGCCGCAGCUGUCAAUAUUCAACCUGUUAAAAUAAAAUAAAUUUUAAUUAAAAUUGAGUUUAGUUAAUUGGAAGUCGAAAUAAUUUAAUAAGUUAUUGUGAAUUUAAUUUUGUUGAUGUUUAAUUUUUUGGUUGAUCAUCAAGUUUUCAAACUUCCACGUGUGCUUUGUAGGAGAGUGCAAGUGACAAUUUGAAAUGGCGCGAACACAGGAGGCUAUUGUUGUGAGGAAUGCAAUUAAGAGAUAUGGGAAAAAUAAACCAGUUCUUGAUGGAUUAUCUAUGAUUGUACCUCAAGGAUGCAUAUAUGGACUACUUGGAGCCAGUGGUUGUGGGAAAACAACUCUCCUCUCAUGCAUAGUAGGAAUCAAGAAACUUGAUGCUGGAGAAGUCUGGGUGCUAGGUGGAAGACCAGGUGCUAAAGGAUCUUCAAUUCCAGGUCCACGAGUUGGUUUUAUGCCUCAAGAAAUCUCUCUUGUUCAAGAAUUCACAGUUCUUGGUGCUUUUUUUUAUUUCGGUCGAAUAAAUGGUAUGGACGAUGAUAAAAUUAUGGAAAGACAUUCAUUUCUAUCUAAACUUCUUCAAUUGCCCGAUCCAGAUCGGUUAAUAAAACAUAUGAGUGGCGGACAACAAAGGAGAGUUUCAUUCGGUUGUGCUCUCAUUCACGAACCAGACUUACUUGUUCUUGAUGAACCGACUGUUGGUCUGGAUCCUAUUUUGAGAGAAAAUAUUUGGGAUUUUCUAUUUAAAAUUACUAAACAAAAUAAUGUAACAGUGAUAAUCACUACACAUUACAUUGAUGAGACUAAACUUGCUGAUAAAAUAGGUCUUUUAAGAAAAGGACUACUCUUAGCUGAAACUUCACCAUCUGCUUUGAUGGAGGAAUGUCGAACUGAUUCCUUAGAAGAAGCUUUUCUUCAGCUUAGCCAGAAACAGCAAGAAAGAACAGAUAAAGGUGGUAGAAUUAUUGAUAGCACUGGUGAAUAUCUACCAGAACUUGGAGAAAUAUCAAAUGAAACUUUAAAUCAAAAUUAUAACAUUCCAUCGAGACAGUAUGAUGAAUAUGGACGAUCAGUUUAUAAACGUCGUACAGUUAAAACAUCUCGUAAAUUUCAAGCACUUAUGACCAAGAACCUUUUACAAUUUCUUCGACAUCCAAUAGGAAUUUUGUUUGCAUUCAUUUUUCCAUUGAUACAAAUUAAUGCAUUCUUCAACACUAUUGGUGGUGAUCCAAAAGAUCUCGAGAUAGCUGUAAUCAAUCAUGAAACCAUGAAUUGUAAUGUUAAUGAUUAUACAGGACAAGUAAUAUAUUCACCUGAAGACCGUACCUGUGAGUUUAUUGACGUUAGUUGUCGAUUUUUAAAUGCAUUCAAUAACUUUGUUGAUAAUGUGAAGUAUGACAAUUUUGGUAAAGCUAUAAAAGCAGUGAAAAAAGGUGAUGUUGUUGGAGCUAUAUUUGUUGGAAAGAAUUUUUCAAAGUCAUUACGAGAUCGGAUAGAUUACUAUAUUCCAGAGGACUUAACAGGAGGAGACAUUGAAGUCACAUUGGACAUGAGUGAUCAUCACAUUGGUACUUGGCUCGAAAAAAAUCUUCGAGAUAAAUUCGCACAAAUAUAUCGAGAUUUGUUAGAAGAGUGUAAACUACCACGAAGAUUAAUGAAUUUACCAGUCAACAUAAAUGAAAUGUUUAGUAAAGAAGAUGCUACGUAUCAAGAUUUUGUGGUUCCUGGAUGUUUAAAUACUUUAUUAUUCUUUAUAGCAGCAUCUGUGUCUUCUGCAAUUAUUAUUACCGAUCGCCAUGAAGGAAUAUGGAAUAGAAGUUUAGUUCAAGGUGUCACAACCACAGAAAUAUUAUUAUCACACAUAUUAUCUCAGCUUAUUAUUGUGGUGAUCCAAGUAGGAGUAACAGUAAUAAUAACUUUUGCUCAAUAUGAUUAUGAAUAUCAUGGAUCGCUGGGUACAAUCAUAUUUUUAUUAUUCCUAAUGGGAAUAUGUGGGUUAUGUUAUGGUUUUGUUGUAUCUGUUUUUUGCACAUCUCACACUGUUGCUAAUUACAUUGUAACCGGAAGUUUUUAUCCAGUCGUACUUUUAUCUGGUUGGUUGUGGCCAGUUGAAGGUAUGCCAGAUGCUUUACAAUACAUAAGUUAUAUUUUUAUACCAACGACAAUUCCAAUAUUGUCUUUGAGAAGUAUUAUUGAUAAAGGAUAUGGCUGGGAUGAAUCUGAAGUUUAUCAAGGAUUUUUAGUUAUUAUGGGCUGGAUCGCUGUCUUUAUUGGCUGUGCAUUGAUUGGUUUAAAAGUAACUAAAAAUUAACACCAAUUAAUAUUCAACAAAUAAAAAUGAAUUAAAUUUAAAUCAAUAUUAAAAACAUUUAUUUAAUAAACAAUUGUCUACUUUUGUAACUCAGUUUUGUUUGUUGAAUAUGUUAGGAGAAGCUUUGAUUUAUCAAAAUAGGAGUAUUGUUCUCAGAAUAAUUAUCAACUUCUAGUCACUGUUCCGAAUAAAUGUAGAAAACUGUUAAAUUUAAUUACGGCAUAUAUUACCGUUGAUAUAUUUGUAAAUAAUUAUUAUAGAUAAAAGAUAGAAAAGAAGUAAGCAGAUACAUUAUUUAAAAUAAGCUUAAUUCAUUACCUUAUUUUUCUGUUUUUGGAGACUAAACUUUUACAAUGUUUGAUCUUGGUGUUGUGAAUUCUGUACACGUUCUGAACAUUAUUUAAAUGCAUUAAUUUAAAAUUAAAUAAGUACCUGUUAAAGACAGAAUAACAAUUCCAUAGAGCUUAUAACCUAUAUAAAUUAUUACAAAGAGAAAUUUUAAUAGAAAUGAAAUAUAUUGAUAUAUUUUUUUAAAUACAAGUUUUGUAAAUUUAGAACAAUGUACAAUAAAUUGUGCUUCUGUACACUUAAUCUUCCUUUUAAACAAUGAAUUGACAAUCAAUUUUCAGGUAAAAAAUCACUCUAUAUUCUAUCUAAACAAUCAAACUUGUUGAUUAAGAUGCAAAGAUAUAUUUUGUUAUGUUUAUUGAAAUAAUUUCCAAUUCCAAAAUUAAUUUUGACAAUUAAUGAUAUCUUCAAUUCCUUUAACAUCUAAAUUUUCAUUCAACAAAACAUUCAAUUGACAUAACAAUAUAUAUCUUAUUAGUAAUUGCUAAAGCGAAUGGUUUUCAUUUGCUGUUUUAUAGUAAUAAAAUUAUUUGUAAAUGAAUUUUGAAUGUAAUUAUAGUAUAAAUAAUCACAUAACAUAUGUUUAAUAUAAAUAAUAAAAUGUAUGUAUUUAUAAUUGGUAUAGUAAGUUAUAAUUUUGUAGAUAGUACUUGAAUAAAUAUCGAAAGAUACCUCAUGAAAUAUUGAAAUUCUGUUUCAACAAGUGUUAGAUAUAGUAAUUGAUUUCCUUAAUCGAAGAAUAUCUAAGUAAUUUUUAUUCUACCUCCAACAAUGUGAUUUACUGGUGUUAUUUAUUGGACUUUUAUGUGCCAUUGUUCUACUACUCACAAGUAUUUUUAAUAUAAAAAAAACAAAUUAUCACCAAUUUAAAUUACCAUUUGUUUAAAAACAAUUCAUAGAAGAAGG